UGUAAGUCAGUAAAAUUGGGCAGCUUGACUGUGGAAUUAGAAGCAUUUCUGACCCAAGUCCAAUUCUACUCAUGUUUGCUCGGCAGUCUGCCUGUGACAUCAGGACUUGGACAUUAUAAAUAUUAGAAUGAACUCACACAGGCAGUUUGCAAACACCACUGCUUGGAGCAGACUGAGAGAUUCAUACCACACAAGCAGACAGCAAGUUCAACCAGAUGAAGAGACAGCUUCAAAAUAUCAUGCUUGCCUGGGCUCUUCUGCUUUGCAUGGUAACAGAGGUGUGCUCUCAGCUGUGCCAGGGCCCCUGCUAUUGCCCCAGGACUCUACCCCGCUGCCCCCCUGGGCGGCCCCUGGUCAUGGACGGAUGUAGAUGCUGCCAAAUCUGUGCCCGGCAGCAAGGAGAAUCCUGCAACGAGAGAUACUUGUGUGAUCAAAGGAGGGGGCUUCACUGCGACUACAGUGCCAGCUUCCCAGGGGCACCAGGAGUCUGUGUGUCCCAAGAGGACUCGAACUGUGAGCUGAACGGGGUGCACUACAAGGAGGGCCAGGUGUUCCAGCCCUCUUGUAAAUUCCAGUGCCGCUGUUCGGACGGGGGGAUCACCUGUGUGCCCCUGUGCAGCGAGGACGUGCGGCUGCCCACCCCCGACUGCCCAAACCCCCAGCGCAGAGUGCAGCCAGGGAAAUGCUGCCAGGAGUGGAUAUGUGAAAAAAUGGACAACAGCCUGUUCCAUGAUGCAAUGGCAGCUUACAGGCCUGAUGCAGCCAGUGGUGUGGAUACCCAGAGCCAGGGUCUCUACCCUCCUUAUAAAUGCAUAGAGCAAAGCAGUGAAUGGAGCGCCUGCUCCAAUACCUGCGGGAUGGGCGUGUCGACCCGGGUCUCCAACAGGAACAGGGCAUGCCGGCUGGAGACACAGAGCCGUCUCUGUAUCAUCAGACCCUGCCAGGACCGCUCCAGAAACACACCAGCUGGAGCAAAAAGAUGCGAACGCAGCCUCAGAGCAGCAAGACCAGUCCGGUUUGAGUACCAGGGAUGCCUCAGUGCAAAGGCUUUUCAACCCAAAUACUGCGGGACCUGCGCAGACUCGAGAUGCUGCACUCCUUACCAGACCACAACCUCCACCGUGGAGUUCCAGUGUCCCCGCGGGAGGACCGUGCAGCACCUCAUGAUGUUCAUCGACUCCUGCGUCUGUCACAAUAACUGUCCACAGGCCUACGCGACGGGUUAGAGCACAGCGCAGAGCAGAGCAAACUGCACAACGAAGACGAACUGUUUCUGAAAGGAAUACUAAGCGAAACUGAAAGUGUUUAUACACAGCUUCUAAAAAAUGUAUUAAAUGUAAAUAUAUUGUAUAUAUUUUUAAACAACAUUAUACUUUUUUUAAAUAUCUAAAGGUUUGUUUUUAUUUCAAUAACAAUUGCACUUAUUUGAUGUCUGAUUUGUAAAUAAAGACAUUAAGUAAUUCUACAGAUAACCAUAUCAUUGUUUUAGACAUUGCUGGAAUGAACACUGUGUGUUUGUGUCUGAGUACAGUACAGUAAUUCACACUUUUAGAUCAUUAUAUAUAUAGGUGUAAGUAUAAACCCUACGGGUAGUGUACUGUUAUUUUGCGGUAGCCUUUAAAAUGUGGUACGCCGUUCACUGCAUUUCCCGGGCAUGCGCAAAUGAUUUUAGCUCAGAAAAAUCAGGAAACCCUCAUCUGAACUGGAUACUAUGUACUGAGUUAUUUUUAAGAUUUUUUUUUUUUUUUCACAAUUCAGCAAAUCUAUGUGAGUUUAACUGACGAGCAACAAAUAUUUAAAAUUGUAAAGAUAUAUGAUUUUGUGGGUGAUCUAAAGUUUGUCUUGUUCGUAGUGAUUUGUGCAGUCGUCCGUCAUAGCACUUCCUAAUCAAUGUACUCUUAAUUAGAGCCUUAUAUGGCUGGAGGUCGAAUUUUAAAACGUGUCAAUAUAACUUUUUUAAUUAUUAUCAUAAGAGAUGUGUAAUUUAUGUUUGUUUUUGUCCGUCGCUUACAGCCCUCUGUUAAUAAAUUCAUUGAAUAGUC